AAAAAAACUAGCCGUUGGAGUCGCCAAUACUUCCUCUCUUUCUCUCACUUGAAUCGGAAAAUAGGUCGUUGUCUGAAACAUAACGUUCCAAUCUAACCAUCGCCCUCUAAUAACCCUUCAGAAGCAGCUGUAUGUUUCUGCAAGAACAAAUACUUGUUUAGGUUCCAAGAAGCAAACAGAAGAAAGAAUUGGGUUUAAGAAAUGGGUGAAUCGACUUCAGCUUGUCUUGUACGGUCCUUCUCUCAACCUUCUCAAGAACGCAGUGAGGAAAAUUCCUCAUUACAGGGAGAUCCUUUACGUGCACUAACAGCAUCAGUAUCAUUUGGAAGAUUUAUGAAUGAAUCCCUGGCUUGGGAGAAGUGGUCAUCGUUUACUCACAAUCGGUAUCAAGAGGAAGUUGAGAAGUACUCAAGGCCUGGUUCAGUUGCUGAGAAGAAAGCUUACUUUGAGGCUCAAUUCAAGAAAGCAGCUGCUAAAAAAGCAGCAGCUUUGCUCGAGCAGCAGAAUGCAGCAGUUGGCGUGUCCUCUGAUCUGAAUGUGACAAAUCAAACCAGUGAUCAUUCCACUGUGAACCCUGAGUUGGCAGGGACAAGCAGUUAUGUGGGUGCUGAUGAAGCACAGAGAGAAGAGGGGGAUGUGACAAAUCAACCCAUUGAUGAUUCCCCAAUGGAAUCUGAGGUCGCUGAAGAAGCACUGGGAGGAGAGGGCCAUCUAAAUGUGACAAAUCCAAACCUUGAUCAUCGCUCAACCUGCUCUGAGUUGCCAGAGAAUAGCAGCUAUGUGGGCGUUGAAGAAGCACAGGGAGAUGAUGGGGAUAAUACAUCUACUUUUGGCAGCUAUGCUACUCACAAAAAAAGUAACUUAGAACUUGCUGAGACUGAAAACUCAGCAGAACAAUCUUAUCCAAUAGAGAAUGAAGUCAAGUCAUUGAAUCAGGCGGAAAAUGUUGUUGUAAAGGUCAAUGAGAAUAUAGUCCAACUGAAGAAGAAGACGCAAACAAAGAAACCACUGUCCACAACGAGUAGAUUAACAAAUAACAAUGAAUCAUCAAAGUUGAGAUCUCGUGUCAAACCGAUGACAGCUCUGCCACUGAAAGUGACUGAUAAUAGAAAGAAUGGAAAAGACGCGAUUGACAAAAAGCGAUCAAAUCCAAAAUCUCUUCAGACGCUAAUCAAAUUUUCUUCUCACAAAGAGGAAACAAAUAAAACAUUGUCUCCAAUUCUUGAGAAGAUAGUGAAUUCAAGACUUGUCAGAUCCAUCACCAAAACAUCUAGAGACAGCAAAGUUCAAGAGAUUUCAGCUCUGGCAUCUGUAAGUGAGAUAUCAAAGCGCACUUCUGAAACCCCUCAACGAGAAAAUAGAAGGAAUACAACAAAGAUUGACCAACCAUUCUGUAGAAGCAGAACAGAAAAGGGUGAAUUGCUAUCACACUCAGGAAAUUUUGAAUCAAUAAACGAGAAUGGAAACAGAACAUGUUCCCGUACUGUAUUUUCUCCUUUCAGCUUAAGAAGUGAAGAAAGAGCAGCAAAGCGAAGAGAGUUCUUUCAGAAGCUAGAACAAAAGCUGAACACAAAGGAAGCAGAAAAGCAGAAGCUACAUGCCAAACCAAAGGAGAAAGCCACCAGUAGUUCUAAAGAAUUUAUAUCAAGAGCUAAACCAACUCCAAGUAUUCAUCAUGAAAGAGAAUCAUUUACUAAUCAAACGAAAAAGGUGAAAGCCACUAGUAGUUCUAAAGUGCUUACAUCAAGAGCUAAACCAAAUGCAAGCAUUCAGCAUGAAAGAGAAUCAUUUACUAAUCAAACGACAAAGGAGAAAGCCACUAGUAGUUCUAAAGUUCAUACAUCAAGAGCUAAACCAAAUGCAAGCAUUCAUCGUGAAAGAGAAUCGUCAAGUAAUCAAAUGAAGAAGGACAAAGCUACUAGUAGUAGUUUUAAAGUGCUUACAUCAAGAGCUAAACCAAAUGCAAGCAUUCAUCAUGAAAGAGAAUUGUCAAGUUAUCAAAUGAAGAUGCCGCGGCAACCUUGCUCACCAAAAUUCAGUAGGAAGCCAGUGUCAGAAGUCCAGGACAACAAACGUCGACAACCCUGGAGGCUUUUGGGGAAGCCUGAUGGAUCAAAAGAUGUUAAAAGGGAAAACAACGUUCCAAAUCAUUUCCCAGUGAAAGGUAGAUCACACAAUCCCAAAUCUUUUGUCCGUGGGAGUACGCAGGAAAAUGCUUCGCCAAAUAUCCAAGUUUAAGACAGCUGCUGAUCCAUAAAGAGCAUUUUUUUCCUAACAUUAAACAAAAUGCUGCUGCUUUUCAAUUUUAAAGUUGCGGAGGCUGCAGAUUGUGCAUACAUCACUUAUAGGUUGUUAAGACAUUGCUCCAAAUGUCUAAUUCAAUUGUCUUUCCAGUCGAGUGGUGAAAUUCUGCAUGUUCCAUUUAUCAAUAUUGAUAUUGACACUCCUAUCACAAUCAUUUGUUGGACAACAAUAGAAUGUAAAUAAUAUAUGCUUUUGGUCU